UCAGUCCGGCUCGGACCUGCUCGGCGCCCCAGCUGCCCGCCCGGCCGGCCGCUCCGGCCCGCGGCGCCCAUGGCUGUGCGCGGCGCCAACACCUUGACGCCCUUCUCCAUCCAGGCGAUCCUUAACAAGAAAGAGGAGCGCGCCAGGCUGACCACGCCGGAGGGGCGCCCGCCACCCGGGGGCACGGCGGUGACUGUGGCCGCGGCGCCCGCAGUCUGCUGUUGGAGGCUUUUUGGGGAUACCGACGCGGGCGCUCUGGGAAGUGUUGAAGACUCUCUGCUGGCGUCUCCGGCCGGUACCAGAACUGCUGCCGGGAGGACUGCGGAGAGCCCGGGAGGCUGGGACUCGGACUCGGCUCUGAGCGAGGAGAACGAGGGCAGGCGGCGCUGCACCGAUGCGCCGGGGGCCAGCGGGGCCGGCCGCACUGGAGGAGCCCUGAGCCUUGGCCAGCCGAUCUGCGACCUGCCCACCGCCAAGGACCUAGACGAGGAAGCUGCGGGCCGGAGCGACAGCGAGAUGUCGGCCAGCGUCUCAGGCGACCGCAGCCCAAGCGCCGAGGAGGACGGUGUUGGCGCCGGAGGUGCACGCGUGCCUGCGCUGUGCUGUGGAGCCGGCGGCGGGGGCAGCAGCGCGCCGGCGGGCGGCGUGGAGGAGGAGGAGGGGCCGGCGGCGCCCAAGCCCCGCAAGAAGCGCUCUCGAGCCGCCUUCUCCCACGCCCAGGUCUUCGAGCUGGAGCGUCGUUUUAACCACCAGCGCUACUUGUCCGGGCCGGAGCGUGCCGACCUGGCCGCGUCUCUGAAGCUCACCGAGACGCAGGUGAAGAUCUGGUUCCAGAACCGUCGCUACAAGACCAAGCGCCGGCAGAUGGCCGCCGACCUGCUGGCCUCGGCGCCGGCCGCCAAGAAGGUGGCGGUCAAGGUGCUGGUGCGCGACGACCAGAGACAGUACCUGCCCGGCGAGGUGCUGCGGCCGCCCUCGCUCCUGCAGCUGCAGCCCUCCUAUUACUACCCUUACUACUGCCUCCCGGGCUGGGCGCUCUCCACGUGUGCGGCCGCCGCGGGCACCCAGUGAGCCCGCCGGGGGAGGCGACCAAGAUGCCCG